CUCACCCUCCCAUAUUCCUACGUCCAUCAUGACCCUCCGCAACAACCUCCACCGGCGCAACCACAAGGAGCGCGGUCAGCUCAAGCACCGCGAGAAGCUUGGCUUCCUCGAAAAGCACAAGGACUACGUCCUCCGCGCGCGGGAUUACCACUCCAAGCAGGAUCGCUUGACACGCCUGCGCCAGAAGGCGGCAGAGCGCAACAAGGAUGAGUUCUACUUCUCGAUGAAUAGGGAGAAAACGAGGAGGGGUGUACACUUGAAGGACCGGGGGAACACGUCGCUACCUGUGGACUUCGUGAAGGUUCUGAAGACGCAAGACGAGAACUACGUGCGGACGAUGCGCGCGUCGAAUCUGAAGAAAAUCGACAAGCUGAAAGCUCGCCUCAUGUCCCAAGCCGAUCUACUGAAGCCAGACAUGGAGGACGAGGACGACCUGGACGAGAACGAGCUCGAGGUCCUCCGCAAUGCAGACAUCUUGCCAAAACCUUCUGGGAAGAGCAAGGGGAAGGCCCGUGCAACAAAGUCACGGCACCUUGUCUUCGUUGACUCCCCUCAGGAGGCCCGAAAACUUGCUUCCGAAGAGAAUAAGCAGUCAGAACCCUCGAACGAGGAGAAGAUGGACGUCGACGACGAAGAGCCCGACCUCGGCUGGAAGGCCGAGUCCUCUUCGAAGCAAAAGCGACGGAAGUCCGCUCCCACCACAGCCGCUGAGGACGACGAAGCAGACUGGUACGACGAAGAAGAACACGACAACCCAGGAAGCAGCGACCGAUCCCGCAUACUCAAGGAAUUGUCCGCCCGCCUCGUCCGCGAUCGCCAGCUCCGCUACGCACAGCGCGAGUUCGAGAUGCAGCGACUGCUCAUGGGCAAGGGCGGGCGGACAAAGCUGCGCGGGGCCGAGCGCGUCGAGGCCAGCGACGACGAAGACAGUGACGAUGAGGAUGCCCUGGACGCCCGCGGCGGCCGCCCGCUCAAGGCGAAGGCAUCCACCGAGCCCAAGGCCUACAAGCCCCGCAUAUACAAGUGGCGGCUGCAGCGCAAAGCCUGACCGGACGCAC